CGAGCCCGCGGCCGCCGGCCAGAAGGAGAAGGACGAGGCGCUGGAGGAGAAGCUGAGGAACUUAACUUUCCGGAAGCAGGUCUCGUACAGGAAAGCAAUCUCCCGGGCAGGCCUCCAGCAUCUGGCUCCUGCACAUCCCCUCAGCCUUCCUGUGGCAAAUGGUCCAGCCAAGGAGCCCAGAGCGACUUUGGACUGGAGUGAGAAUGCCGUGAAUGGAGAACACCUGUGGCUGGAGACCAACGUCUCGGGAGACCUAUGCUACCUUGGAGAGGAGAACUGCCAAGUCAGAUUUGCAAAAUCAGCUCUCAGGAGGAAGUGUGCAGUCUGUAAAAUCGUCGUCCACACCGCCUGCAUUGAGCAGCUAGAAAAGAUUAAUUUCAGAUGUAAACCAACAUUUCGAGAAGGAGGCUCAAGGUCACCAAGAGAAAAUUUUGUACGUCAUCACUGGGUGCACAGGCGUCGGCAGGAGGGGAAAUGUAAGCAGUGUGGUAAGGGCUUCCAGCAAAAGUUCUCCUUCCACAGUAAAGAGAUUGUGGCUAUCAGCUGUUCCUGGUGCAAGCAGGCGUUUCACAAUAAGGUGACCUGCUUCAUGCUGCAUCACAUUGAAGAACCCUGCUCCCUGGGGGCUCAUGCUGCUGUUAUUGUCCCACCCACUUGGAUCAUUAAGGUGAAGAAACCUCAGAACUCACUGAAGGCUUCAAAUCGGAAGAAGAAGAGAACAAGCUUUAAAAGAAAAGCCAGUAAAAGAGGGAUGGAACAGGAAAACAAAGGUCGUCCUUUUGUGAUAAAACCCAUCUCUUCUCCUCUCAUGAAACCCUUGCUUGUAUUUGUGAAUCCCAAGAGUGGAGGCAACCAGGGAACCAAAGUCCUGCAGAUGUUCAUGUGGUACCUGAAUCCACGGCAAGUCUUUGAUCUUUCUCAGGAAGGGCCAAAAGAUGCGCUUGAACUGUAUAGGAAAGUACCAAAUCUGCGAAUUCUGGCCUGUGGUGGGGAUGGAACGGUGGGCUGGAUCCUUUCUAUCCUGGAUGAACUGCAGCUGAGCCCUCAGCCUCCCGUGGGGGUCCUUCCUCUGGGGACUGGGAAUGACCUGGCUCGAACUCUCAACUGGGGAGGGGGCUACACUGAUGAGCCUGUUUCUAAGAUCCUGUGCCAAGUGGAAGAUGGGACAAUUGUACAGCUAGAUCGCUGGAACCUCCAUGUGGAAAGAAACCCCGACUUGCCUCCAGAAGAACUUGAAGAUGGCGUAUGUAAGCUCCCUCUGAAUGUUUUCAAUAACUACUUCAGCCUUGGAUUUGAUGCUCAUGUCACACUGGAGUUCCAUGAAUCCAGAGAAGCAAAUCCAGAGAAAUUCAACAGUCGUUUUCGAAAUAAAAUGUUCUAUGCAGGGGCAGCUUUUUCUGACUUCCUACAGAGAAGUUCUAGAGAUCUGUCCAAACAUGUUAAAGUUGUUUGUGAUGGAACAGAUCUCACCCCAAAGAUUCAGGAACUGAAGUUCCAGUGUAUAGUAUUUUUAAAUAUACCCAGAUAUUGUGCUGGCACAAUGCCCUGGGGAAACCCAGGAGAUCACCACGAUUUUGAACCUCAGCGUCAUGAUGAUGGUUAUAUUGAAGUCAUUGGAUUUACCAUGGCCUCUUUGGCAGCCCUGCAAGUUGGGGGCCAUGGAGAGAGGCUACACCAGUGUCGAGAAGUCAUGCUUCUAACUUACAAAUCCAUCCCCAUGCAAGUGGAUGGGGAGCCCUGUAGGUUGGCCCCAGCUAUGAUUCGGAUCUCCCUGAGGAAUCAGGCCAACAUGGUACAGAAGAGCAAGAGGAGAACAUCCAUGCCUUUACUUAAUGAUCCCCAGUCUGUCCCAGAUCGUCUGAGGAUCCGGGUGAACAAAAUCAGUUUGCAAGACUAUGAAGGAUUCCACUAUGACAAGGAGAAACUCCGGGAAGCUUCUAUUUCAGCCUGGUUAAGAACCAUUGCUGGGGAACUAGUGCAGUCAUUUGGAGCGAUACCUCUGGGUAUUCUAGUUGUGCGUGGAGACUGUGAUUUGGAGACUUGCCGUAUGUACAUAGACCGCCUACAGGAGGACCUACAGUCAGUUUCUUCUGGCUCCCAGAGAGUUCAUUACCAGGACCAUGAAACCUCCUUCCCCAGGGCUCUCUCAGCACAGAGGCUCUCCCCUCGGUGGUGCUUCCUAGAUGACAGAUCUCAGGAACAUUUGCACUUUGUGAUGGAGAUUUCCCAAGAUGAGAUUUUUAUUCUGGACCCAGAUAUGGUGGUGUCACAGCCAGCGGGGACACCUCCGGGCAUGCCUGACCUGGUGGUGGAGCAAGCCUCGGGGAUCUCAGACUGGUGGAAUCCUGCCCUGCGGAAACGCAUGCUGAGUGACAGUGGGCUGGGGAUGAUAGCUCCCUAUUAUGAGGACUCAGAUCUGAAAGAUCUCAGCCACUCCCGCGUGCUACAGUCACCAGUCUCUUCAGAAGAUCAUGCAAUCUUGCAGGCGGUAAUAGCUGGUGAUCUUAUGAAGCUAAUAGAAAGCUAUAAAAAUGGAGGCAGUCUGCUAAUUCAGGGACCAGACCACUGUUCACUCCUUCACUACGCAGCUAAAACCGGCAACGGGGAGAUUGUGAAAUAUAUCCUUGACCACGGACCUUCCGAGUUAUUGGAUAUGGCAGACAGUGAAACGGGUGAGACUGCACUGCACAAGGCUGCCUGCCAGCGGAACCGGGCUGUGUGCCAGCUUCUGGUGGAUGCAGGAGCAUCUCUGAGAAAGACGGACUCCAAGGGUAAGACACCUCAAGAGAGAGCACAGCAGGCUGGGGACCCAGACUUGGCUGCUUACCUAGAAAGCCGUCAGAACUAUAAGGUCAUUGGCCAUGAGGACCUGGAAACUGCUGUUUGACCCUGGUAUUCAGGCAAAGAGAACGUGAGCAAGCGUAUCACAUCUGCCCUCCCUGCGAUCGGGCAGCUCCCCUGGAAGAAGCUGAUGGAAUUCAUAUAUCUGUCUCUCUCCUGCAAGAAUCUACCUGAGACCAUGCCACUCGUUUUUAAGGGCUACCAAGAUGUACAACAGAACAUGAUAGCCCAUUGAGAAGGAGGCAGGAUACCUGGAGAUUUGUGGAAUACAGUACGAGUUCCACAAAAUUUGAUCCUUAUUGCUUCCAGCAAGUAGCAUGAACUUCUGUGUUCACCUGUAUAAUUUAUUUUAAAGAUUCAAAGGAUGUUCGUAUAAACGGCACUGCUCCAUCCUCCCCCAUGCAUUGAUUUUUUUUUUCCCUGUACCAUACAAUUCUACUGUAACUACCCAUUAACUUUAAAAAAAUAUAUUAUCUCUUCUCUUUACAUUCAGUCUUGGAAGACCACAAGAUUGUCUGAAGGCCUUCUAAAACCCUCUGAAUGUCCUGCAGAAAUAUAACUGUAAAACCACUUCCAUUUCCAAGACUAAAUAUAUCAAGACUAUUUAGUGACUCUCUCUGCAUGUCCCCACCACCCCCCAACCCUCCGUUUCAUUAUAUAGGAGCUGGGAAGUGCCACAUGGAUAAUGUCAACUUGUGUGCUAUAUUUCUGAGGAAUGGUGAGGUGGCAUGGGAGAUGUCUGUGCUUGGAGGUACCUCAGAGAGGUAACCCAGGGGUCAGCCCAGGCUGCUGGGCUGUAGCCAAUAGCCAUGCAGGACUGGUUCAGCUUGGGCUGUCUGUACAGCUCCGUACUGCCUAUGUGUAGCCAUCUUUGCCUUUUGCUGCAAUAGAAGAUGAGCAAAGGAUUAAACAGAGACCCACAGCUAGUCUGCAGAACCACUCAAUUUUAAGUGCUGUUUAAAUUGCAGAGGAGAUAAUCAUGUGUGGGAACUGUGGUUACGGGAAAUGGAGCACUCUAACAAUGUUUACUUCUAAACUUUGUUGAGUGAUAAUAGAAAGCACCCUAAUUGACUUGAAAAAAACAAAAGCAAAAGCAAAAGUAGCAACAUAUGUCAACAUAUGUCACUGAAGUAGAAAACAGUCAUUGGGAUGUUGCACAAAGGCUAAUAACUAUAGACUGUUGGAUACAGUGGUGAGAGGAGCCCCGUUUUAGGUCUUUCUUUUAGGUUUUUGGUUUUUAUUACUCCAAGUAAUCCUUGACCCAUGGACAAAGGUUUAUUGUAUGAGUUCCACUGCCAGAUUUAUGGGAUGCCCAGAUCAUUCAGAAGGAUGCUUCAACUAUUAUUUGUCAGGUCCAAAGGUCGUACUUGAUAACCCCAUUUUCUAUGCAUGGGGUAGUCUAAUAUAUUAUUUUAUCUACUUUAUUUUCCCCUUUCAGAAAGUCCUUAGUGCAAACUACCAUGGGAAUCUAGCCAGAAAUGUCUGUCGGAUAGUUAGAAUUGUAACAUCUAAACCUGCCACGGAUCAAAUGGUACUUACAGGUACCUCUAUUAGGGACUCUGUGAUACCUAAAAUAUCAAAAGAAAAUGUCUGUCUUUCUGUCCGAAUAUCUACUUGACUUGGGGUAAGUCACAAAUAAAAGUGGGCGUCCAAGGAUUUUGCUUUUGGCGAAAUCUGAUGUGUCCUGAGCUUAUUUUCAUUUUGUCCUUGGACACAGCAUAGUGCUUCCCUAAUGUUUCUACAUAUGACCAUGAAUAAUAGUGUCUCUAC